GGAGCGGGUGGGGGGCGCCGCUGGGGCCGGGGAAUGGGCGCGUAGGGAGCGAAGAACGAAAGAAGGGAAGGAGCGAGCGAGCAAGGAGAAGAGCCGGACGGAGAUUCCCGCCCGGCGCCCGAGGUAGCCGCCCCCAUCGGGGUCCCCCUCCGCCGGCUGCGGGCUGCGCGCCCCCUCCAUCCGCCCCGGGGCUCCACCGCCGGGAUGAGCAGCUCGCGGAACAACCGGGUGAUGGUGGAAGGAGUCGGGGCCCGGGUGGUCCGCGGCCCGGACUGGAAGUGGGGGAAGCAGGAUGGCGGCGAGGGCCAUGUGGGCACCGUGCGCAGCUUCGAGAGCCCGGAGGAGGUGGUCGUGGUGUGGGACAACGGCACCGCCGCCAACUACCGCUGCUCCGGGGCCUACGACCUCCGUAUCCUCGACAGCGCGCCCACCGGUAUCAAACAUGAUGGGACUAUGUGUGAUACUUGUCGACAGCAGCCUAUCAUUGGCAUCCGAUGGAAAUGUGCUGAAUGCACCAAUUAUGACUUGUGCACAGUUUGCUAUCACGGGGACAAGCAUCACUUGAGGCAUCGUUUUUACAGAAUUACCACACCGGGAAGUGAAAGGGUAUUGUUGGAGUCUCGACGUAAAUCAAAGAAAAUUACAGCAAGAGGAAUCUUUGCAGGUGCCAGGGUGGUGCGAGGAGUUGACUGGCAAUGGGAAGAUCAAGAUGGUGGCAAUGGGCGUAGAGGAAAGGUAACUGAAAUCCAAGAUUGGAGUGCGUCGAGUCCACAUAGCGCAGCAUAUGUUCUUUGGGACAAUGGUGCUAAAAAUCUUUACAGAGUUGGAUUUGAGGGCAUGUCUGACCUGAAAUGUGUUCAAGAUGCAAAAGGAGGCUCAUUCUACAGAGACCAUUGUCCUGUGUUAGGUGAGCAAAAUGGUAACAGAAACCCUGGUGGGCUACAAAUAGGUGACCUUGUAAACAUUGACCUCGACUUGGAAAUUGUGCAAUCUUUGCAGCAUGGUCAUGGAGGAUGGACUGAUGGCAUGUUUGAAACUUUAACAACAACUGGAACAGUUUGUGGCAUCGAUGAGGACCAUGACAUUGUAGUACAAUAUCCAAGUGGCAACAGGUGGACAUUUAAUCCAGCUGUUCUCACCAAGGCCAACGUUGUCCGAAGUGGAGAUGCUGCUCAAGGUGCAGAAGGAGGUACCUCUCAAUUUCAAGUGGGUGACCUCGUUCAAGUAUGUUAUGACCUGGAGCGAAUCAAGCUUCUCCAGAGAGGUCAUGGAGAGUGGGCUGAGGCAAUGCUUCCAACUUUAGGUAAAGUUGGUCGGGUUCAGCAGAUCUAUUCAGACAGUGACUUAAAGGUAGAGGUUUGUGGGACGUCUUGGACCUAUAAUCCAGCAGCUGUCUCAAAGGUGGCAUCUGCAGGAUCUGCUAUAAGUAAUGCAUCUGGUGAGAGAUUGUCCCAGCUAUUGAAAAAAUUAUUUGAAACCCAAGAAUCUGGAGAUCUCAAUGAAGAAUUAGUUAAAGCUGCUGCCAAUGGAGACGUUGCUAAAGUGGAAGACUUGCUAAAGAGGCCAGAUGUAGAUGUGAAUGGGCAAUGUGCUGGACACACAGCUAUGCAAGCUGCAAGCCAGAAUGGCCAUGUUGACAUUUUGAAGUUGCUUCUGAAACAGAAUGUGGAUGUAGAAGCAGAGGACAAGGAUGGAGACAGGGCUGUCCAUCAUGCAGCCUUUGGUGAUGAGGGUGCUGUGAUUGAGGUUUUGCACCGAGGCAGUGCAGAUUUGAAUGCUCGCAACAAGCGCAGGCAGACUCCACUCCAUAUUGCUGUCAACAAAGGUCAUCUGCAAGUUGUCAAGACUUUACUGGACUUCGGCUGCCACCCCAGUCUCCAGGAUUCUGAAGGAGACACUCCACUUCAUGAUGCAAUAAGUAAAAAGCGUGAUGAUAUCCUUGCUGUACUCUUAGAAGCUGGAGCAGAUGUUACUAUCACCAACAACAAUGGGUUUAAUGCUCUUCACCAUGCUGCACUAAGAGGAAACCCUAGCGCAAUGCGCGUGUUGUUGUCCAAGUUACCACGACCAUGGAUUGUUGAUGAGAAAAAAGAUGAUGGUUACACUGCCUUACAUCUGGCAGCUCUUAAUAAUCAUGUGGAAGUGGCUGAACUUUUGGUGCAUCAGGGCAGUGCUAACCUGGAUAUCCAGAAUGUUAACCAGCAAACUGCUCUUCAUCUCGCUGUUGAACGACAGCAUACACAAAUUGUUAGGCUCUUGGUCCGUGCAGGUGCUAAAUUGGAUAUUCAGGAUAAAGAUGGGGAUACUCCCCUGCAUGAAGCCCUGAGACACCACACCCUGUCACAGCUCCGCCAACUCCAAGACAUGCAAGAUGUGGGCAAGGUAGAUACUGCUUGGGAGCCAUCAAAGAACACAUUAAUUAUGGGACUUGGCACUCAAGGAGCAGAGAAGAAGAGUGCUGCAUCGAUUGCCUGCUUCCUGGCAGCCAACGGGGCUGACCUCGGCAUUCGUAACAAGAAGGGUCAGUCCCCUCUUGAUCUCUGCCCUGAUCCGAGUCUCUGUAAAGCAUUGGCUAAAUGUCACAAAGAGAAAGUCAGUGGCCAGGUUGGUUCCCGAAGUCCAUCUAUGAUCAACAAUGAUUCUGAAACCUUAGAAGAAUGUAUGGUGUGUUCAGACAUGAAGAGAGAUACUCUGUUUGGCCCAUGUGGCCACAUUGCCACAUGUUCUUUGUGCUCACCACGGGUGAAAAAAUGCCUCAUCUGUAAAGAACAAGUUCAGUCUAGGACAAAGAUUGAAGAAUGCGUAGUAUGUUCAGACAAAAAGGCAGCAGUGCUCUUCCAGCCUUGUGGUCAUAUGUGUGCCUGUGAGAAUUGUGCAAGCUUGAUGAAGAAAUGUGUACAGUGUCGGGCAGUGGUUGAACGAAGAGUGCCUUUCAUAAUGUGCUGCGGAGGGAAAGGUACAGAAGAUACCAGUGAUGAUAUUUCAAGUGGAAACAUUCCAGUUUUGCAGAAGGACAAAGACAACACUAAUGUCAAUGCAGAUGUACAGAAGCUGCAGCAACAGUUGCAAGACAUCAAGGAACAGACGAUGUGUCCUGUCUGUUUGGACCGCCUGAAGAACAUGAUCUUCCUGUGUGGCCAUGGAACGUGUCAGCUUUGUGGAGACCGAAUGAGCGAGUGCCCCAUAUGCCGCAAGGCAAUUGAACGGAGGAUCCUUUUGUACUAAACAGGGGCCAGGGUCUUUUACUGUGUUGUGAAAGAGUAAGGUCAUGUUGAUGCUUUUAACCCUCUAUUCAUUUGAAUGGUAGUAGAGGGUUCUAAUGAAAACAUUUCUAAUACUGUAGCACAGAUUUGUUACAUAGUAAUUGUUUAAAGACUGUGAACGCACCAAAUAAAAGAAACAAACAGUAUUUGAAUAGUCAGCUUGUAGCUUUACUCUUAAAAAACGUGUAAGCCUAAUGCUAAUGUAAAGCAGUCUUUUUUUCAUUUUGUUUCUGUCUUCUUCUUAAAGUUUAAACGGACAAUCUUAUUUUGGUUUUGUUGAUGUGUAUCCUGUAUGUGUCAGAUGUCAAGUGAUGUAAGGGAAUUUUUUUUUUAUAUUGUCAAUUACUACCAAACAUAAAUAUUUAGGAUUUGAGUUUUGCUUUAUGCUUUUUUUGUGUCAGCAUUUCCUGUGCCAGUUCUGAUUCACAAUUAAUUUGUCUUGAAAUACACAGCCAUGAAAAAUCAAUACAAAAUAUAUACACAGUAAUAAUAGAUAGGCUAUUCCCAUAAGAUCAUGCCUCAGAAUGCGAUGUUAGGGUAAUUCUGAUUUCAUGCCCUUUGUUCCUGAGGAUGGGUUGUGUAGCAAAAACUAAAAAAAAAAAAAUCUGUUUUAGAAGCAUUAUGU